CGCCUCCUCAGGCUGAAGGAGCCGCGCGCUGUCAUGUCGCUGUCGCGGCCCUGCCCGCGCCCGCCUCCCGCGGACCCAAAGCGCGGGGCUCCCGGCGGGAAGCGGCCCCGCCUGGGGGAGCCGGGCUGGCGGCUGCCCGCCGUGCGGCCCCCGUCCGAAGCGGAUCGCGCGUGGGUGUGGCCGUCCCGCGAGCCUCCCCUCGUCCUGGCCGCCGGGCUUUGGGGCGGCGGCGCGGCUGAGGCGACUCCGGCCCCCGCGCGUCCCCGCUGUACGCAGCCGCCGCCCGACGAGGAGGAGGAGGUCGGGGGCGCGGCCGAGCGCGCGCCGGGCUCGGGGGGCGCCGCGGCCCGGGGCGGUGAGGAGGAGACCGCGGGGCUGGAGAGCCGCGCCGCUGGGGCGCGCGCCCGGGAGCGGGAGCUGCGGGCCGGGCCGGAGCGUCUAGCCGCGGGAAGGGGCUUCUCGGGGUCUCGGGAGAGCGCCCGCCGCUCGCUCCGCCGCCGGAGGGUUUCCGAGCGCCGGGCAGCGCGGGGCCCCGCCGGACGGGGCUGCUGGGUUGUGGAGAGCGGCGAGGCUGACGGGGAAAGGGUGGAAAGAUCUGGAGAAAAGCCGAGUUUGCUGCAGUUACAAGCAACAGACCCUUUGGGCGAGGCAGAGGGUCGCAGUGUGAAAGCCCCGAGAGUGCAGGAGCGGUUAGCGCCCCUGAGAGUGCAAGAGCUGGGUAGCCCGAACAUGCGAAUGAAUAUCGCUUGGCUGAACAGUAAAGGCGAAAAUGAUAAUGUGCUACAAAUAAGCUACCACACCAUGGAAAAAGAUUUCCAUGUACGCAACAUUUUCCAAAGUAUUAUUACAGAAAGUUUUCAUUUCCGUAAAAAUAUUUUAAGAAACCAAAGGCAUAAUAGAAUUUUAAGCUGGUGUCAAAUUUUGCAGUGCAAAAAUCAAAUUGGUGUUAAUCUAAUCAGGAGUAUCAAUGUCAAUAUAAAGAAUGACAUUUUAAGCAAAUAUGUACAAACCAGUGUUUCAGAACACUUAAAUAUUUUUGCAACAUACAUAGCUUAUAUGUUCAACAACUUUAAUUCUUUAGCCAGAAUUGAAGAUGAUUCUGAAUUAGAGGAGGGAUACACUCUGAAAUGGAUUGUGCAUUUGAACUAUUCAAAACGUAUUACAGUGGAAGGUUAUACUGUAUAUAUAAUUAGGACUGUAAGUUUUUCAAAAUGUUUAGAAGAUAUGAAACCUGUGUUAAACAAAAGAAAGCCUAUAUUUGAAACCCAACAAAUUUUUGAAUGGUCUAAGAAAGAAAACUUUGAUUCUUUUAGUGCAACACCUAAGAAUGUGUAUUUUCCAAUUUUCAAAGUAUGUGGGAAAAUUCCUUUUUUAAUGGGCUUUGGUGACAUGGCAGGACUUUCUUUGAUAAAGAAGUCUAGUUAUAAGAAUAUGAGUUGGUUUGAACAACACAUGAAUGUAGAUGUCUGGGUUUACUGCAACUUUAUUACUGUUAAGACACAUGUGAAAUCUGGUCCUCAGUUUAUACAGGAGUACCAUGGACUUAUUAGUGGAAAAUGUCGUGAAAUAAACAUGCACAACCAGGAUUUAGGGGAUAAGAGAAAACAGGCUCCUAAGAAGGUCAGUACCUUUAAUUCUAAGCAUACACUUGAAGGUUCUUUUAGUGUUAGACAACAGUCUACACUGGGAAACCAAAAUACAGUACAUAGUCUAGCAGUCAAUAGCAUGAUUGUAAAUCAGAUGCUGAAUUUUGAGAGCUUGCAAAAUGAAAUGGAAAGACCCAAACAUGACUUUAUUUUGAAGGAAGUAAAAGUCACAGCACAGAGUUCAAUAAAUAGUUGCCAAGUUUGUAUUAAGAUAGAAAAGGAAGAAAAUAGGUUUUCCCCAAAGACUGGCAUGCUUUCUGUUCAGUUACUUUCGCGGAGUAAGAAAGUAAAUAUGAAGGAAACUAAAUCUGUUAAUCAAAAUAACACAGCGAACAAAAGUGAAUACGAGAGUAUUUUGCAAGAAAAUGAGUUAGCUAAUUCAAAGCAUUUUCAUCCAAAGAGUGAUGCUACAUUAUAUGUUAAUCAGCAAGUUGAAACUGAUUCAAAUGAAGGGAACAAUGAACAUUUUGAGAAUUUAACUGCAAAAUGUUUAUCAACAGAAGCUUUGAAAAUAGCAAAAGACUUUGAGAUGAAGAGUAAAUUUGAUUUGGUGCUUAAAGAGCUUCGUAUGUUUCAUGAAAUUAGUAAGGAAAAUGAAACUUCAACCAUCGUGGAAACAAACAAUGGGCAACAAAAUUACUUUGAAGAAAGUAAUGAUAAGGAGGCAAAAAUGGAGAUACAAAAACAUUUGAAAUUGGUUACAGCUGACAGAGAAUGUGUGCCUCCUUUGCCCAGUGAUACAAUGGUAGGCCCUCAUUUUGAUAGAAGACACCAAAGUUUAUUUAAGUGGAAAACUGUACCCUGUAAUGGGGAACAGGAAGUUCCCAGUGUGUACUGCUGUCCUAGAACAGUGGAGGAAGAAAUACUCUGCUCUAUUUAUGAGCAAGAUGGUAAAAAUUCUUUUCAUAAAGAUCCUGCUCUAUUCCCUGGUGAAUAUGUGGAAGGAAAAUUUAAUUAUUUAUCAAAUAGAGUUUUCAGGACUCUGAAUAAUUACCAGAAGGCAUCCUUGCCAUGGUUUGAAGAGCUACAUUACAGCAUCAGCCUGAGGCCACACAGGGCCACCUGUUUGGAACUCUGAACCAGGGAUGGUGGUGUUGGAGACUUCUGCCUCCCUGAUCUGAACCCAGAUGUUAUCAUUAGAGGAGCUUGUGAUCUUGUUGCUGAGAAUGGCUGAAGUUUACUUUAGGAGAGCUCUGAUCCUCACUCUGAGCAUCACUUAUGGCUCCAGAGAGGAAGCUGUGUGCUGUUCAAUCUCCAGCAGAAACUUGUCAUGCUUGCUUCCUGACAUGAAAUUGGCUGUUUUCAUCAUUGGAGCUCAGAACCUCAUUAUCAUUGUGGUACUUUUGGGGGCCCUGGUCUUUACUUUGAGCAUUGCUUCUUUACACUACUCAACAACCCUCAGUCUUUUGACACAGAUCCUUCAUCCCAACAGUAUAGACUGCUCACUGUUCUGUGAGCCUUUCCUCUGUGGAUCUGUGAAAUAGACUUGCAUGAAUCAUUGGCAUGCACUCUAUGUUAUCUAGUAUCUGCACUCAUGCAGGUUAUUGCCAUGAGAUCCAGGCCCUUGGCAGGAUUUUCUAUGUCAUUAGUGUUGUAAACUGAUUGCCUGUAAUUUCUUUGUAUUUGGCUCCUUGGGCAACCAUUACAAAUAAUACUCUAAAUUACGUGCCCUGUAUGUAAUUGUUCUCCUAAACAUUGACUACAAUGUUAUGUUAAAAGACAUAAGGAAGACACAGGAAGGAAUGUUUCCUCUCAUAGGUGGAAGUGACAAUCAAUCUGAAUGUAGAAUAGUGAUUUAUUAGAUAUUGGAAAGCAGACCAUAUUUGAAUAGUGCAUUCUGUAGGCCAGUAUUGAAAUAUCACACUGGAACACAUUGAUAUGUACAAUUAACACAUGUUAAUAAAAAUUUAAAAAUUAAAAUCAACCAAAGAACAAAUUGGCUAAAAUUUAAGGGAAAUGUCAUAUUUGGAUGAUUAUUAAAGUGAUUUUAAGAACUAUGAUUACUAUAUAUUUCACUUAAAUCAUACUUAUUGGUUUCACUCUUGUUUGAAAAGUGUGUGAGCUAGAGCAGAAUAUAUUAUAGUAACCCACUUUGAUUUCCUGUUAACUUGAUUUGAAGCCAUGUAUUGCUCUUCUCAUCUUGUUUUGACUGAUUUUACUCUAUUCUGUUUUGCUUGAUAGUAUCAAGUUUGAGGGUAUAGGCAACUACUUUGAAGACAAUAAGAUUCACUAUGAUGCCAUUCUGGUUUGACUAUUAUCUUCUUGUGAAGUCCUGUAACGUCUUCAAUGUUUUGGUUUUAUUGGUUUUGUUCUGUACUGUUUUGUUCAAUUUUAUUAUAAAUGAUGAUAUAGGCGAUUCUUUUUAAGAUAGCAAGAGACAUUAUGGUAACCAUUGUUGAUCACUUUGUAUUCUGUUUUUAUAUAAUGUACUAUGUCCAUCCUUUUGAUUUGACUGACUCUGUUCUGUUAUGUCACAUUUGGUUUUAUUCUCUUCAAAAAACAAGUAAUAAGAACUGUUGGAGCAAUAAAACCCAAAAUGUGUUUUAAAAAAGAGUGGAAAAGAAAGUGCUCUAAAGGCUAUAACUGCAUGUAUAUUUAAGUGUAUAAGAUAGAUAACCAUAUUACUGAGUUUUUGUUGGAUCAUUGAGCAGAAAUGUUUGCAGCCUCACUGUUUGAAUGUCCACUUUGUGUGCUUUAAUUUUGUAACUUGAACAACUAUUUCUAAGAUGACAAUAUGUAAUCUAUUAACUAGUGAUUUCCUAAUGUAUAUUUUUUGAAAUUCUGUAUUACUUGUACCUUUUUUCUGUGUUUUUUUUCCUUAAAUAAAAUUAAAAAAAUAAAGUGUGAACUAGGUAUUUUACAAUAAGUAUUUAUGAUGUGUGAACUAGGUAUUUUACAAUAAGUAUUUAUGAUAUUAUGUAAUUAUUGAUUUUGUUAGGUACAUAACUUCAUGGGGUUAUAUAAAGAACAAAAGUUCAUUUAUCUGAAAUAAUUUGUAGACUGAAAUGGAAAGACAUAGAUUAUUUCAUUUGAAAUAGUUCAGAAACAAAAGGAAGGGAAAUCUAAAAAUAUUUAAUUAAAAGGACUAAAUAAAGAAUAGAAAGGUAACUAUCAGAAAACAAACGCAUUUUGGAUAAUGCUGAUACAAAUUAUUAAUUGCUAUUGAAGCUAUAUGUACAAGGACAAUUAUUUUAGUUAAAUUAUUAUGUUGGACAUUAUCCGUGAUAAAUUAUAAAAAAAAAAAAACAGCCAACCAAACAACAAUUUUCUCAAGCCUCAAUUUCAGAAAUCAUGAUUUAAAUUUGGGUGUGGUGACACAUGCCUACAAUCUUAGCACUUGGGAGGCUGAGGCAAGAGGAUCACUGCUAUUUUGAGACCAGUGUGGGCUAUAAAAGUGAGCUCAAGGCCAGCCUGAACUGCACAGUGAGACCCUGUUUCAGAAAGAUUAAAAAAAAUCAUGAUUUAAUUGAUCUGUAACAAAAUCUAACUGAAUUUCUAAUACUUAAAAUUGUUAAUUUCUUUAAUUUUUUUAAAUCUUAAAAGAGAUUUAAGGAAGACUUCACUAGAUAUUUUUAACUGAUUUUUUUGCUUGAAAUAACUUUAGAUUCACUUACAGUUGUCAGAAUAAUGCAGGUAUAUUCUUUGUUCUUUACUCAGUUUUCUUUAUUUGCAUUAUAUUGCAAAUGUACAGUAUAGAAUUACAGCCAUUACAUUUGUAUUGAUAUCAUCCAUACACUUAUUUCCAUCACAUUAGGAUCACCCUUAUUAUAGUCCUUCACCAUCAUCCUCACGCUCAACAUUUACAAUCUCUAACAUAUUGUUAGUUUCUCUAGUGUUGCCAUGUCAAGAAUGUUAUAUAAGUGGAAUAAGACAUUGUUAAUUUGGGGAGGAUUAAUGGUUUCAUUAAUCACUUGAACAUUUAUCCAGAUGGAUGAAUUAAGCUUGGUUGUUUUCUUUUCUUUUUUUUUUUCAGCACUUGAAAAUAUUAUGUACUUCUUUGUAGUCUUCAUAAUUUAAUUUAUUUAAUUAUUUUUCUUAUACAAAUUUAAUUGUUUUUCUUCUACAAAUAAAUAUUUAUCUCUUCAUGUUCUUUUUUCUCUACUGCAAUAGUUCUCUUUGUCUCUUCAGCUUUCCAUGAUUUUAUUUACCUCUCCAAGUUUUUGUUCAUUUUUCAAUAAUGUGUAAAAUACCUUCAUGUCUCUUUCUUUUGGUUUAUUCUAUUUUAGAUUUGGACAGGGUCAUGAAACUAGAGGCUUAUGUGUUUGGCUAAAUUAAGAAAGUAUACCUAUAAUUUUCUUGCAUGUACUUUACUUGUAUUGUUUUUCUUUCCCGGAUCUCUGCUGCCAAAAAUGAACCAAAUUUGUCACACUUCCACAGGUCCUUGGACAGCUCUUCAUUUAAUGUAGUCUUUUUUUCUUUCUGUUGUUCAGAUUGGAUAUUUUCUAUUGCUGUAUUCUAAUUAGACAUUACUAUUCCUUGUUAUUUUCAUUUUAUUUUUUAGUCUGCUCACUGACUUUUAUAUUUUGCUUGUUAUAUAUGCUAAAGUCCUCAAUUUUAUCUUAUUUAUUUAUUUUUUUGUUAAGACUCUACUGUGACUUGCUGAAAUAUGUCUGUAAAUGUUCAUCCAAGUAUUUUUAUCAGGGUUUUCAUAAAAUAUGUGUUAGAUAAUUUCAACACCUUUGUAUGCAAUCAAGGUCUACAUGUUAUGAGGACUGCUGACAAUGUUUACAUCUCACUACUACUACUCCUUCCUCGUCCUUCUCACAUCUGGACAACCCAAUAAGGCUGAAUGUUCCAUAUUUAGUGAGCUACAGGAUAUAUGGGACUUUUCAUCUUUAUACUGCUUUUCAACCAACAAAAAAAGCCAAUUUUUAUCCUUUGCUCUUUCAAGCCAUUUCCAUGAGACUAACCUAGGGUCCCAUGGAGCUUUAUUAGGUAAUCAACACUACUUUCCAUAUUUUCUUGUUAUGUGCAUGACAUCAUUAGUAUUGAUGUAUUAAGUAGGUUUCCUUCACUAUGCCAGGACACCUGAAAUACUCAACUAAUAAGACAAAAACAUUUUGACACAUAGUUUCAGAAGUUUCUGUCUGUGACCAAUGUAUUUGACUGCUUUGGGCCUAAGCAUACUUAGGUAGAAGACUGUGGCUGAAAAGACCUGUUUCCCUCAUGGCUAUGGGGAAGUUUAAAGAGAGAGGAGGUGGAAGAGCCACUAUUUCAAUAUCCAUUUUGAGGAUGUCCUCACUUCAUUUCACUUCCUGCUUUCAUCUCCACUUCCUCAAAACUCCACAACUUCCAGUACCACAGGCUGGGAACCAAGCCUUCCACAUCUGAGCCUUCAGCAACAUUUCUGAUCCAGUCAAUACGUGUGUCUGAAGUGAAAUUUGAGUGGAAACUCAUUCUAUCCUUCUGCAGAGAAGUCAUGAUAUGCCAUUUGAAUAUGCAGAAAAUUAUCUGGGUGGCAUUACCUUGACCAAUUUCUGGCCAAUAUCAUACUUUUGUUUCUCAAGAAUAAUUAUAGAAUGUGUAGAGAAUACUGUCUCCUGAGAUGAGAAAGGCCUGGCCAGCAGAGCCUACCUAGCAGUGGUGAGCCUAUGACACUCAUGACACAGUGGGCUUUUUGCACUGUAUCACUAAAAUGUUCUAAAAUGCUCUAAAAUAUUCACAGCCACUGGUUGAGCUUUGUUUUUGGUUUCCCUAAAAAAGGAUUGCUUUCAACACUUAAGACCAAUGAGUCCACUAAAUGCUAGUGUGUAAAACCUAGAGUAGGUGACCCUGAGACAGGCUUAGACCUGCUCUUGGCUUAUCUAUAGUUUCUAUCUGACAAUUCUGGCUCUUGUUAUAUUUUCUUAUCAUAAAAAUAUGUUUUUAUAUCUUGAAAGACUCUUUACAUAGAACCCAGGACACUUCCAUCCAUAAAAGAGGAAUGAUGAGGAUUUAAAAUAAUGGAUUCACUAAGCCAUUCUAGAUUGAGAAGAAAAGAAAAGAAAAAAGAAAAGAAAAGAAGAGAAAAGGAAAGGAAAGAAAAGAAAAGAAGAAAAAAGAAAAGAAAAGAAAAGAAAAGAAAAGAAAAGAAAAGAAAAGAAAAGCAUAAGAAACCUAGAGUGGGCUGCCCUGUAGGGUCCCAUGGCUAUGGUUUAAGGAUAUGAUGCACAGUUGACACUUUGAUCCACCCACUCAACCUCACCUAACCAUUAAGGACUGGCUUAUCAGAAUUCCUAUUGUUCCUUGUUGCCUAUUUUUUGCUGCAGUAAAUCUACUUCAUUUAACUUUUCAUAUGUGUGAUAGUGUUGUCUCCCUGAGUCAUAAAAAAUUAGAAAUUGCAACCCAAGAUAGAGUGGGCUGAAGUGGAAAUCAGUGUGCAAUGAAAGUGCUUCAUAACAUGCAUUUUCUUUUUCAACUCAGGUUGAGGUCUCUUCGUUCUUUAUGAAGGGCUAUUUUUGAUUUUAAAGUGGACAUUUUAAAUACUGUGGUAUGAAACACUGCUGUUAAAAAUUGAAGAAAUUUAAAAUGCAAUAAAAAUUAACACUAAAUUCCCAAAAUAAAUGGAAUGUCAUCCACAUAGUUUCAGGGAGAUGGUUCUGACCUACACAUUGUAUACUAUGAAAAUAAAAACCUGUGACCACUUUGUCAAAGAGGCUUAUGGAAGACAGAGAUGUGGAAAGGAUAUUUGAGGAAGAAGGUUUUAAGCAUGCUCAUAUUGGAGGGUAUGUGGUAGGCAAAUUAAAUAAUAUUAUGGCAUCUUAUGUGAUUUGCACAGAAAGUCGAUUUGCCUUUUCUAUUUGAAAAACUGGAUAAAGUAGGAAGGGAAGUUGGUAGUUUUUCUCAAGUUGUUUUCAUUAGGGGCCAGCUCUUCAGGAAUUGUGUUUUUGUCUUUUAUUCUGACUGUUGAAGGAGUUGCACAGAAUUCUGUGGUCAUUUAUGGUUUGCCAUUGUCUUUUUCAUUGUUAAUCACUAAAAUAUUAUUUAAUUUAAAAUACCCCAAACUAAUAUAUUAUGCAAA